AUGGAACCGACCCCUGGGAACGAUCAGAACCAAGACAGAGACAGUUCUCACAGCGACGGUCAGGUGCUGGUGCUGCUGUGCUGGUGCUGCUGUGAGUCAGGUGCUGGUGCUGCUGUGAGUCAGGUGCUGGUGUUGCUGUGCUGGUGCUGCUGUGAGUCAGGUGCUGGUGCUGCUGUGAGUCAGGUGCUGGAGCUGCUGUGCUGGUGCUGCUGUGAGUCAGGUGCUGGUGCUGCUGUGAGUCAGGUGCUGGUGCUGCUGUGCUGGUGCUGCUGUGAGUCAGGUGCUGGUGUUGCUGUGAGUCAGGUGCUGGUGCUGCUGUGCUGGUGCUGCUGUGAGUCAGGUGCUGGUGCUGCUGUGAGUCAGGUGCUGGAGCUGCUGUGCUGGUGCUGCUGUGAGUCAGGUGCUGGUGCUGCUGUGAGUCAGAUGCUGGUGUUGCUGUGCUGGUGCUGCUGUGAGUCAGGUGCUGGUGUUGCUGUGAGUCAGGUGCUGGUGCUGCUGUGCUGGUGCUGCUGUGAGUCAGGUGCUGGUGCUGCUGUGAGUCAGGUGCUGGUGAUGCUGUGCUCGUGUUGCUGUGAGUCAGGUGCUGGUGUUGCUGUGAGUCAGGUGCUGGUGCUGCUUCAGGUGCUGGAGCUGCUGUGGGUCAGGUGCUGGAGCUGCUGUGAGUCAGAUGCUUGUGUUGCUGUGAGUCAGGUGCUGGUGCUGCUGUGCUGGUGCUGCUGUGAGUCAGGUGCUGGUGCUGCUGUGAGUCAGGUGCUGGUGCUGCUGUGCUCGUGCUGCUGUGAGUCAGGUGCUCGUGUUGCUGUGAGUCAGGUGCUCGUGUUGCUGUGCUUGUGCUGCUGUGAGUCAGGUGCUGGUGCUGCUGUGAGUCAGGUGCUGGUGCUGCUGUGCUGCUGCUGCUGUGAGUCAGGUGCUGGUGCUGCUGUGAGUCAGGUGCUGGAGCUGCUGUGCUGGUGCUGCUGUGAGUCAGGUGCUGGUGCUGCUGUGAGUCAGGUGCUGGUGCUGCUGUGA